AUGCUCAAAAAAGUUGUAUCUGUUGGAAAGCUCUCUGUGCUCCCAAGUAGUCCUCUUUGCUUUCACCACCGUGGUGGUGCUGUCCUAAAACAAAGUUCUUCUUCACCGGUCUCUCAGUCUAUAGCCGUAUCUCUGCCAAAGUUAAAGUUAUACCAACAGUCCUUUGCCUCUGCUGCUGCUGUAUCGUCAUCAUCGUUGUUUCAAUCAACCAUAUAUCAAAAAGUGAAUGAAAUGUCUGCCGCUGUCAGUCCUCAAACUCACGUGUUGAAAAGAUUCUAUUGCUCCCAAAACGUAGAUCCUGACUUUAUAAUCAAAAAACUAUGGAUUGAUGAUGUAAGAAAUGUUAAAUUUGAUUUAAAAGUAUUCUUGACGGGCACACCUUUAAAGAGUUUGGUAUCGAGAAUUCAAAAUAUUCUUCCCAAAGAAGUAUCAAUUGAAAGUCUUACCAUGAUGCCAUUAAGUAGAGGUGCUUAUAUUACCUUGAAAUAUCACAAGAGUCUGACAUUUAAAGAUGUAAUGAUGUGUAUUAUUGGCAAUGCUUACUUGUACAACCUUCGGUUCUAUUGUUCUGUGGUAAGUGGGGCGAUGGAAACUAGCCAUUACAAAAUCAACACCUCCAAAACUCUGUUUGUCAAAUGUGUAGGUUCUGCCCAUGAUGGAGAUAUACACAAUUUACUCGGUACAUGUGGUAUUAUAAAGAAAAUGAAAAGAAUAGAUAUUCCAUCUUUUGGUAAAUUCAAGCUUGGUACAUAUUUUCUUGUAACCUUUAAAGACCAUCAACAAGCAAUAAGGGCACUGAAAUGUAUGGAUAAAUCUGACUUUGGAGACUGUUAUUUGUUUGUUAAACAAUAUGAAAGUUUGUUAGAAAUAAUGGUUCUUAUUUCACUUUUGGUGUUAAUCAUUUUAAUUCGGACUAAUCAAUUCAUCCGACAAGUUUUUGGUGAUGAAUACUUGAAAUCAAUUGGAAUUGAUGAUUCAAAACUACAAAAGGUUUCAAAACUCUUUGGAAUUUAA